AUGGAUGAGAAAUGCCCCAUAUGCUUCAAAUCGUUCCCGAUAGCUUUUUUAGAGCGUCAUGUUAAUACAUGCUUGGACACACUUGAGCUGCUGCUGCUGCCUGCCCCAGCACAGGAAACUGGAGAUUCAGGCGAUAACGGGGCUGACAAACUGAAUCAAGAAGACGCGAAGCACCAGGACGCCUUUGCUGCGUUGGGUUUGAAAGCAGACUCAAGAAAAGCAAAUGAUAAAGCCGGUAAAAAAGGAAAAGCCUCCCUCACAAGCAUCUUGAUCGCCGAGAGAAGACUCAAACGGAAGCAGGAGGAUCUUGAGCGAGAGAUCAAACGACAGACAUUGGUCUUAGAGAAAGAUGUACCCCACAGACUCAGACACAAGUCGAUAAUCGAUGUUGAAUCGUCAUUUUCGAAGAACGGAGCCCUCGAAAACUCACAGCCUACGAAUACGCAGCAUAUACCCAGCACCCCGGAGCUUGAAGAGGAAACCAGACAGAAGCUCAAGAAUCAGGAAUUUCUCAAGCUACGAAGGGAAGCCGAACUACCACUCGCACAAAGACUACGACCAAAAACUCUCGAUGAUUUCUUUGGUCAGGAAAAGUUGGUCGGCCCACACGGGAUCUUGAGAAACAUCAUGAGUGCCGAGAACAUUCCGUCGUUUAUACUCUGGGGAGUUCCAGGAGUGGGUAAAACAUCUUUGGCUCGUAUAAUUGCAUCUCUGUCAGACUAUAAGUUUGUCGAAAUAUCUGGUGCCGAUAGCAACGCCAAAAAGCUAAAAGAAGCAUUUGCAAACGCACAGUCAGAAAGACAGCUCACCGGGCAGAAGACCAUUUUGUUUCUCGAUGAAAUUCAUCGAUUCAACAAGGCAGUCCAGGAUAUACUUCUUCCAGUUCUCGAGAAAGGCACAAUCACUGCCAUCGGGGCCACAACGGAAAACCCUUCUUUUACUUUGAAUAAUGCAUUACUAUCACGGAUGCACACAUUUGUUAUGGAGCCUCUCUCGCUGGAAGCUCUCGUCAGAAUCUUGAAUCGAGGUCUUUAUCUCAUCAACAAGACCAGAAAGUUGGUCCACAAACUCCAUUUGAUCGCAAUAAGCAGAGAUGCGAUUGAUUAUAUUGCCCGGACUAGUACAGGGGACUCUCGUGUUGCACUCAAUAUCCUUGAAUCAAUUAAUGCGUAUCUUUCAGGCUUAUCCUACAAGGUCAUCUCGAAGAAGGAUCCGGAGAAGGAAUCGGUGGACGUUAAUGCUAAAGUGGGAGUCAUCAAAAUUGGUAUGAAGGAGCUCAAACCAUUAUUGGAAACACAUAACUUCCACCAAAUGUACGAUAGAGUUGGGGAAAAUCAUUACGACACCAUCAGCGCAUUCCACAAAUCUGUCCGUGGAUCUGAUGCAGAUGCAGCCGUAUUCUAUUUGGUUCGUAUGAUUCAUGGUGGUGAGGACCCACUUUUCAUCGCAAGACGGAUGAUUGUGAUAGCCAGUGAAGAUGUAGGACUUCGGGAUUCGUCGUGCUUGCCAUUUGCUAUUGCAGCUAUGGAAGCCAUUCAAUUUGUUGGCAUGCCCGAGGGCGAGAUCAUUUUGGCUCACUGUGCUGUGAAACUUGCCAACGCUCCAAAGUCAACUAAGUCAUAUCGUGCUUUAAGAGGCGCCCAAAGCUUGCUUAAAGAAAACCCGGAUGUCAUGAAACUCCCGAUCCCAAUGCAUUUGAGAAAUGCUCCAACGAAGCUUAUGAAGGAGCUAGGUUAUGGCGACACCUACAAGUACAACCCGAAUUACAAGCAUGGCAAGGCGGCUCAGGUGUACCUUCCUCCUGAACUCAAGGAUACUAAAUUUGUUGAUGCCGGGCACUUUAGAGACGCAGAUGAGGACGAUAUCUCUGCCGAGCAAUACCAAGAGCUUGACAAGGAGCGCCAAACUUAUGAGGAUUAUAAGAAGGCCAAGAGACAAAAGACUGUCGAUGAUAGAAACAAGCAACGCAGCCUUACACGCAAGGCCACAAGUAAGCUAAUUGCGGAUGACAGGCCAGAGAGAUUAAGCAGUUAUGACGAGUUUUUGGACAGAAGCGAUCAACCGGAGUAUUUUGAUGGAACCGAGCGAGAUAAUUACUCUGAUGACCCUGAAGCUUCGCAUAAUUUCGAAUGCUCUUAUGACGAGUUCGUUGAUAAUGGUGGCGAGAGGAAACACGCGCUGAACGUGAGCAGCCCUCUCGAUUACCAAGAAUCCCCGUCUCACUACCCUGAUAGCCCUAUUUAUUACGAUGAGAUGACUACUUAA